AUGUCAAACGCUCAAAGAAGCAGAAAGUUGCCUGCCUGGAAGUUUUCUCGGGUUUUCCGUUUUAAAACAGUCGUGGGUGUGAAAAUCCUUUGGAUAAAAAGUCUCUAAGCAAGCUCAGCUCUUUCGGCACACCUACGCAUUAAAUUAACCCAAUUUAAAGCCACAGAUCGGCUGCUAAAAUGUCGGAAAGAUCGAAAGGUGACGUGUCCGCUCGCAUAAACAACAAUGCAAAUCCGACGCGUGUCGUUAAAAAUCCGCUUUUGAGCGCCUCCGUGACCGGCCUAAGUUUUGACGACUUUCCCAACAAGCCGCAAUUGCUGCCAGCUGCUCCGCCCGUGGUCCAUGCGGCGCUUCCUCCGGCUCCCGUCCUCAUCGCUGGCAUCUUGAACCGCGAACCGAAAACAUUGGUUACCGUAGGCCAGCCAUCAAGCAUCGACGACAGCGAGGCCCUUGACGAGAUUAACUUGAAUACCAGCAGCGAGGAUUCAAUAGGCGUAGGAGGAUCGAGUCCAUAUCAAGGAGCAGGCGAUCCAAACGCCAAUCCAUUGCUGGAACCACCUCAGGAAGCUGGUAACGAUUCGCUACUGAGUCAGGCGGCCUCCUCCUUUACUGCCCUGCCAGCAGUGGCCUCCAAUGUGUUUUCCACCUUCUCGAAGCGAAUCUACGCCGGCAGCAGGGAGUCCUCAGAGGAGCCUAAAUUAGACAUCCAGCCCACAUACAUUCAGCAGGCUAACUACGUUCAGCCAGUGCCACCGGCACCAGCACCCUUUUACGCAGCUCCUCCAACGGCGGCGAGUGAAGGGGUUGCCCCCGAACCACCCAAGUUCUACGCACCCACGGAAAUUCCUGCGCCUAGCGUAGGAGUUCCUGGACCACCGCCUGCAGCAGGGAAUCCCAACACUUAUCGAUUCACUGCUAGAAAGAAGCUAUACGCUCCCAUUCCUGGAUUCUCAGAACAAUCCGGACCGGCUGCCCAGAUUCAACAGGCACCUCCAGCAGUUCCGUCAUUCCAGACACCCCCAUAUCCGCCACAGCCAGCCCCCGCAGCAAACUCUGCUCCAUUUGACAUAUCAGCUCAUCCAGCACCAGCUCCCACAGAAGAACGAAAAUCCGGCGGAGGACUCUUCUCUUUGACCAGCCUCGUACCUACGGGAGUUUUGCAAAAUAUCACAGGACUCGUCCAAUCCGCCACUGGCCGAAGCAGUGAGCCAGGCUACAACAAUCCUCAGCAACCAGGAGGCUACUUGGACAGUUCGACAGGAGCCCCAGCUCCAGCUCCAUCGACAAACUUGUUUGGAGGCUUAAAUCCUCCUGUACCGUCGGGAGGUAACUACUUCGUACCUGGUGCGGCUCCGUCUCUACCCCAAACUGAAGUAGUAGCUCCCACUGCAGUGGGAAGUUUCUUUGCGCCACCUGCUGUUUUGCCUGCACCAUCAUCAGGAAACGUAGCUGAAGGAAUAUUCAAGCCGACAGCUGCGCCGCCACCUGUAGGAGGAUUCUUCAGUCCUGCACCGACACCAAUUGUCCCAGCAGUUUCGCCUUCAGUUUUUAAUCCAGAAGCAGUUCCACCUGGUGCCCCUCAGUCUGUUCCAACAGUCAGCACUUCAGCGGUACCACCAGCAAAUCUACCGCCAGCAUCAACAGCAGGAGGAUUCUUUAGUCCUGCGCCGACACCAAUUGCCCCAGGAGUGCCGCCAUCGAUUUUUACUCCAGCAGCAGUUCCACCUGUUGUCCCACAAGUUGUUCCACCAGAAAAUCUUCCUCCCACACCAGCUAUCGGAGGAUUCUUUACUUCAGAAACGACAACAAGUGUCCCAGAAGCUUUGCCUCCUUCAAAUCUGCCUCCAACAUCAGGUAUUGGAGUGUUCUUUAAUCCAGGAGUAGUUCAACCUGAUGCCACAACAGCGCAAACGCCUUUCAGCUUACCUGUAACCACACCAGCAGUACCACCAGCAGGAUUCUUUCCCCCAGCAACUCUGCCAACAGUCCAGACAGCUUCUAAUCCUAAUCCCCUGCCAGGAGCCCCGCCUGUGGCAGCUGUUCCACCGCCAGCUGCUGGUCAGUCAUCAUAUCGCCUUCAAAAGGGGACUCGUCUCUACAAAAGCCCUUUGACGGCACAAGAGACAGCAGUGUCUUCUGGAUUUGCUGCGCCUUUGCCUCCCACAUCUGCACCGGCGGCAAUUUUCAACCCAUUCGGAGCACCAGCUUCAGGAUCGUUCAAUCCAGUAGCCCAGCUAGAGCCUCAAAGUAACCAAGGAGUUCCAUUCUUUACACCACCAGUGGGCAAUUCGUCAGGACAAAUAUCUCAACUAAAUCAAGGAUAUUCUGCUCCGCCUUUGGAAGCCCUGGUGCAAGGAGCUCCAUUAAAACAAGAUAAUCCCUUGUUCGGGCCAACAUCAUCGGACAGUCCCUUCUUUGUUCCACAAGCGACCAAAGAGGCUCCAAGUGGGCCUUCAGGAAGUGAGCAACUAGUCGAAAAUCAAACGCCAAACCAAGGCAUACAAUUCUUUGCACCACCACCUUCGGCGCCAGCGGGAAUAAAUCUUUUUACAACCCCAAUCUAUCAGGAGCCAAUACAAGCAAAAGAGGAACCCAAGCAGUCCAAUAUUCAAGAAGAAUCGAUAACUACGCCCAUCGAAGCCGCAUUAUUUGCGCCUCCUGUUAUCGAACCUGUUUUGGAAGAAAAACCACCAACCAGCUCGGAAGUAAGUGCUGCCCAAGUUGUGUCCACAAGUGAAGUAGAUCAAGGAGAAAAUAUUUAUUCGGCUCCAUCAGCGCCAGUGGAGCAAGAGGUUCCAUUAUUCGUGCCAGUGCCAGCUUUAUCGGGACAAAGUCCGGGCAUACCAUUGUAUCCGCCACCACCAACAGCUGCACCACCAGCGACUUCAACUGCUGCACAGUUUGUUGCUGAACCAGCACCUUCUUCAGUUUCAUCGUUCUUUUCCCCUGCUGGAGAGGAUUCUGCUGCAUCCUUAUUUGCUCCGCCUACAACAUCUACAUUAUUUGCCCCCAUACCAACAACCCAAUCUCCACCAGAUCUGAUUCCGGCUACAUCGGAUCAGCUUGCAGUAGAAGCUCCGCCAGCUUUCUUGGGAACACCUGAGACCACCUCGACCAACUUGUUCCAGAGCACCAACGACACCCAAACUGUUUUUAGUCCGUUUUCACAGACUAAGGCUACACCUUUGAUUCAGGAAACUGGAACAGAAUUAGUUCCACCUCCAAUAGGAUUUUUCGCCAAGCAGGUCGAAACCGAGGCACCAAGCCAACCACCACUUGCUCCCUCGCCCCUGCAAAGCUUCUUUAACCCGGCUGCUUCUUCGGAUUUCAAUUUCUUUGCAAAUCCCGCACCCGGGAGCGUGUUUCCCGAGCUACCAAUCCAGCAGGGAAUUGCUCCGCCACCAUUGGCAUUGGAGCCACCUUCGGAGGCUGCUACUAAAAGUAUUGCUUCAGCUCCAUUGGGUUUCGAGUUGCUAAGCCAAUCCCAGCAAGCGCAAGAACAAACACAAAGUUCAAUCGAAAAUUCGUAUCCAAAUUCAAGUGUCAACUCUUUCACCGGCUAUUUUGGUGGCCCCGCUGCUCCUCCGCUACCUUCCGUCGCCUCUGAACCGACCGAAGCACCUGUUGCUCCAGUUAUAAACUGUGAUCCGGUCAACUUCUUUGAUCAGGUUCCGGAGUCUCAGUCCCAAAUCCAGCAAGCUAACGAAGAUCAGCGUAUCCAAAACUUCUUUAACAAUCCACCAUUGCAAGACCAACCCGCUGCACCAGGUGAACUCAAGUACGACAUCGUGCACAGCGGAGUGGCUGUAAAGCAACUGCAGGAGCGUUCACAGACGCCCGUCUCCAAUCUCGUUGAACCGCCUUCGUCUGCCUGUUCCGAGUUCUCUACUCUUGCACCAGCCCCAACGCCAUCCCAAUCAGGAGAAGAUCUAUUGCAGCAGCAUCUGGGUGAAUUGCCUGAAGAAGUCCUCAGAGAACUCAGAAUGGCGAGUGCCAGCAACGACAAGGGUCAGGUGGCAACACCUCCCGUAGCUAUAACCUACUCACCAGUGGUGGCCCAUUGGUUCUAUAAGCGCAGUGUUGACACGAAGUUCAUCUGGACACCAUUCAGUCACUAUGAUUCGGCACUUUUGGAAACGAGUCUACAGCUUGACGACUCCACUUUGAUAAUUCCGGUUGAGGGUGGCCGCUACGAUGUCAACAUCAAGGAACGCACCAAAACUCCUGUUUACUGGGAGGGAAAGGCCAUCGAGGUACGGCGUUGCUCUUGGUUCUACAAGGGAGUUGACUCAAAGUACGUUCCUUACACCGAGGAUACGGCAGCGUUGCUUGAAGCGGAAUACAAGCGAUCUGCGGAGACUGGCGAGUGGCAUCAAAAGAUCAUGCUGGCCAACGGUGAACAGGUGGUCUUUCACGGACCCACUGUCAUCGUGCACUUCUUGCCUCAACAGAAUGGCGACACAUGGGGAGCCAGCACGCAGGGCUCUAUGCGCCCAAGAGUUGUCAAAAGGGACCUGGAUGACUUCACGAUCGAACAGGGUGAAUCACAGCGAGUGGAUCAUCUGCUUUUCAUGGUACAUGGCAUCGGAUCAGCCUGCGAUUUGAAAAUGCGUUCUGUCGAGGAAGUUGUGGAUGACUUCCGGGUUAUUGCUCAGCAAUUGGUUCAGUCGCACUACAAAAACUCCACGGACAUGGGCCUAGUAGGUCGCGUUGAAGUCUUGCCCAUCUCCUGGCAUGGUCACCUGCACUCCGAAGAGCUGGGCAUCGAUGAAAAGCUGAAGUCCAUUACUUUGGAGUCUAUUCCACGCCUGCGAAACUUUACCAAUGACACGCUAUUAGACGUGCUUUUCUACACAAGUCCGAAGUACUGCCAGAAGAUAAUGAACACGGUGGCCGACGCACUUAACGACGUCUACCUGAAGUACCGAAUGCGACAUCCUGAAUUUAAUGGGGGAGUCUCGUUGGCAGGACACAGUCUUGGCUCUCUAAUCUUGUUCGAUCUUCUCUGUCAUCAGGAACCGCUCAAGGAAAGCGAGGAGGAGAAUAAAGAGAAUCCCGACCAACUGCCCCAAAAGCAAGCCCCUCAGAAGGUUCAGCUUCCGACCAGCGACCUUCUGCCCAAGCAAGUAAGCUAUGCGAUGGGACCGGAGGGUACAGGACAGCCCGUAAUAACAUAUACGCAGCUCAUUUUCCACCCGAAGAAGUUCUUCGCUUUGGGUUCGCCAAUCGGAAUGUUUGUUACCAUCCGGGGAAUCGAUAAGCUUGGCCUCGACUUCCAUUUGCCCACGUGUUCGGGCUUCUACAACAUAUUUCAUCCAUUCGAUCCGGUAGCCUAUCGCAUCGAGGCGCUCGUAAAUCCGGACAUGAAUGGCAUUCGACCUGUGCUAAUUCCUCACCACAAAGGACGCAAACGGAUGCACUUGGAGUUAAAGGAGACGAUGACACGAGUGGGUGCGGAUAUCAAGCAGCGAUUUAUGGAUACAUUCAAGACCACGCUGGACAGUGUAAACUUCUUGGCCACGGUGACGAAGGUAAAGAAGGAAGCCGAGGAAUCCCUGGAAAAGGAGACAAGUCAGACAUCUUCGCAAGCUUUACAAAAGCAAAGUGAAGAUCAAGACGAGAGCUCUGUGGCCAGUUCAUCCUGCAAACUACGAAAUCGAACCGAUUCCAAUUCGACCACGGCAUCCGAUCCGGAGUUUGUAGAACUCGAUUUCCCACUGGGAAAGCUAAACGACUCAAAGAGGGUGGACUACGUGCUUCAGGAAGCACCUCUGGAGUUCAUAAACGAAUAUAUUUUCGCCCUUAGCAGCCAUGUGUGCUACUGGGGCUCUGAAGAUACGAUUCUGUUCGUGAUGAAAGAGAUCUAUGCCAGCCUGGGAAUCAGCACCGACAGCCAAGUGCCGCAGUCAUCAAUGACCAUCGAACGACCCGUCUCCCACGAAAGCAGUGUCAGUCAGUCACUGCUGCCGAUGUGAGUGCACCAAACCCCACAGGCUCUUCGUUGGAUCUCCGGAUCCCACGAACUACAUGCAACACCAUAACUAUAUACAUUUAGUACCAAUUUAUUUAGAUAUGUUAUUUGUUAGCCAAAUCAUACAAAGAAUUUUCCAUAUGUGCAACUCUAACAUGGUUAAUGGUAUUAUCAAAGUAAGACGUCUUUAUCGUGUGAGUGACUAAUCCCUAGCAAGUUCUCGAGCUCUACUAAAUGACCUAUGUAUUCAUCGGAUUUGCACCGAGGAGUGCUGUUUGUUAUUUUUGUAAUAUCACCUGUGUAAUUGACUUUGUAACAAUUAUGCUAAACAAAAGUGUAUGUCUAAAACUUUUAAAAUAAAUAACCAUUGUUUUCAAA